AUUUGUCGAUCUACGCGAGCGAAUAUAUAGACCCCUCCGACGUGUCUUUCCACGUUUUCUUUCUCCGCGGUGCAACGAGGUAAAUGUGUGUACAAGAAAACGAAGGGAUGUGGAAUCUAAAGCUUGAAAAUAAGUGACAUAUUGGCCGAGUGCAAUGCCCCUCAUGGGCAAACACGACGAGGGCGCACGCAGUGCAAGAGGAAGGACAACGCCGCAGAAAAACCAAGCACCGGGUCAUUUACCUAAGCACCGUCAUAUAAAGACUCUGCAUCGGGACCCGGGCAUGUUCUUCCGCUCGGAAACGCCAUGAAGCGCGCAGCUUCCAUCCCAGUCUUAAUUUCUCUCGUUUUUUCUCUAUCAGCUACGGUUCUAGCCAAUGCUGAGGUCGAACCAACCGCUUCGGACCCCCCCGAUAAAUCCUCCACUUCUGAUGAACACAACAAACUACUGCUCCAGUGCCAGCAUCCUGAUUACAGGACUUAUAUCAAGUGCCUCAAACGACAGAAAAGGCACCACUUGCACAGCAGCCACGACAGCGACGGGGGUGAAACGAAAAGAUGCUUCGACGACUGUGGGAUGGAGCAGUGUGAGUCUUCCAAAUGUGUUCACGAGUGUCACAAACGAUGCUUGAAAAAGAUGAAAGAGACGCACCAGAUCAUAACGGAGUACGAGACGACCUGCGGCGGGGACGAUUGCACCGACAAGUCUGGCAAAGCGGCUGGAUUACCGACGACGAACGUUACCACAAAUAUCGACAUAAAUAACGUCAUCAACAAUCAUCCCAGUCAGCCGAAUCGACCCAAUAAUCAGCCCAAUUGGCCCAAUCAGCCCAACUCCCCCAAUUCGCCAGAUUCCCCCAACUGGCCUUGCAACGGUGGCUUCGGAUGCUUGUCACUCGUGCCACAGAUUCAAUUCGUUCCGCAGAUCACAUUCGGCCUCGGAAUGGCUCAGCCCGGUCGAACCGAUUGUUGGUACUGCGGAAACCCACUGAUGCGUUACCGAUGCGACGUGUCCUGUUACCCGAUGCAGGGCUCCGGAUCGUCCGGAGCGUUGCCACCGAACGGCGAAAGACUCGGAGCGAGUAACGCGAAUUGCAUCUCUCCGCACUGUGUCGGCGGCACCUGACGGAGAUCCGUUUCCGUGUCCGAUAAUCCCUGCAACGACGGUGAAAAGUAUCCCGGGAAAAGCCCGAGUUUUCGUACUCGUCGGCAUUUUUAUUUCAAUUCGCAGCCAUCGCGGUUCGAAGAGCCGCGCGUGAUCGGACUUGGCUCGAGCUCGCGAGUUCCUUUUUUCUUUCACAGUUAAUUGCGGUAAUUGGAGCUCAACGAUUUCUGCAGAAUUCAAUUCAAUUCGGCGUCUCCGAGACGGUGAAUUCAUCGCGGAAUUAUCAUGUAACUUUAGAGAAAAACAUUUGUUAAUAAAGCUCGAGAAAACAAUGACAAUGACGAUGCUAACAACGAAGUUUGAUGCUUCGCCGAUGACACGGGCCAUUCCGACGAACCUCUUCAUUCAAUUUAUUCAAAGUUUUAUUUUAAUCUCAAUGUUUAUAACGAUCAUCGUCGUCCCUGGAGCGACCACAUUCCGACUCGCUCGACUCUCGUCCCGUGAAUUGAAAACGUUUGACCGCAUGUGCAAGAAUGACGGUGCCAAACGCUCAAUGCCGCGGUUCAAAUUAUAGAGACAAAGUGACUCGUUAGAGCACCGAAGAAUCCAUCACCCCCCUGCGGAGAGGAACGAAUAAAUAAUCGCGUGCUCACCCUGCGUGCGUGCGCGCGAGACGCGCUUGUGUCAGGUGUGCGUUAACAGCAGGUGCGAGGCCAUCCAGCCCCGUUGCUCAUGCUCGUUUGUCCCAAAUGAUCAUUCUCUAUUUAUCAAGGAUAGAAAAUAUUUGAGGCGGAAAAUUCAGCCCAUUUUUGCCGAGCAAAAAACACUCUUAAUUCGAAGUACGGCGGAGGUUCACUUUUUUUACGGUGUUCGAGCUCCGGAAAAGUUUAUAUCGCGAAGAAAAUUUAUCGCAGGUUCCGUUGCUUCAAAAAAACAUUACUUUACGGGUCUUUUAAGGAGGGUAGAUCGCGACGAAACAAUGUUAAAUACAUUAAAAAUUUCAAAAUGAUAAGGAAUUUAAUAAAAUUUGGUAAAUGGAUUCUUUAAAAGGGUAUAAAAAAAUAUAAUUUUUUAUAGAUUUGUCCACCGCGUAGCUCUCGAGUAGUUGAACACUAAAGUUCACGUGUAUAAGCAUAGAGUUUACAUAUAUAUACAGUUAUACAUCUCGAGCAUAAGAACUUCGAUUUAAGAUGAUGGAUCAGUCG